AUAAUCUGUCCAUUGCCUGGUCAGGAGAUUUUGACUCCUUAAAAGAAAUUCACAGGCAACGAAUUAAAUCCAAACGGAAAUUGGAGCAUCCCGGCAGGAAAAAGCGUGAAAAAGAGGGAAAAAGGGUGCUGAAUAUUGAAGGCGUAGGUGCGG